CUCCUUCAACUAUGGGGUUCGACAUCCUGAAAGGGUAUACAAAGCUUCCUCGCUAUAUUGAUGCUGAUGAUAGUGAAGAGAAGCUGUCUGUCACGACGGAGGUCGAGAUAGCUUCCGCGAGAUGCACACUUAAAGUCUUCAUUUUCUUGACAGUCGCCAAUGUGUUGCUGUUUGCCAUCUCAAUAUACAACUUCGAAAUUCGAAGCUGCAAGAUUAGUUCUGCACAUGAAGCUUCGCACUCUGGAAGCAACCCCGCGCAUGAUUCCACACCUUAUUCAACAUUCCUGGAUACCGUGGAUCUGAAUCUCCAGCCCCACACUUUCAACGGCAGACUACGAGAUAACACUUCCAUCUAUCGAAUGCCGCCCUCUUCAGAGGUUGACGAAGCAUGGGACUACAUAUCCACGGAAGGCCUCGAGGUGAUGACUGUAUCCUCAUCCGAUAUCCUACACUCCUUCAAAGACCCCUCAAUCAGUGUCCAAGCUCCUCAAUCUUGGAAUCGUGGCCCAGACGCGUACAUCGUCCAGAUCGACGUAUUCCACCAAAUCCACUGCCUCAACGAACUUCGCAAGGAAAUAUAUCACGACUAUUACUACCCUGACCAACAACCAGAUGAGCUACACCGAGAACACAAGAAUCAUUGCAUACAUAUGAUCUUGCAGAACUUGAUGUGCCAUGCGGAUCUAGAGAUCAUCACGCACAAUUGGGUGCACAAUGACUUGAUUCCGGAACCAAAGACAAGACCGUUUCCGGAUUUCAAUGUCGUGAAGCAGUGUAGAGACUUUGAUGGGAUUUUAGAUUGGGCGACGCAAAAUGCCGUGAAAAAUUUGCCCGGCAAGUGGAAUGAUUUGAGGAUCCCACCUGGGACGAGGGUAGUGCCUGGUGAUGGGUAUGCUUGAGAAGAUAAUUGGGCUGUAUCGUAGGACAAGAUGGUUUC